AUGCCGUGCUCGUGCAGGCUGGUGGUCUACACGCUGCUGGGGCUGCGGUCCCUGCUGGUGGGGGGGCUGCCCCUGCCCUGCCCCCCCACCUGCCAGUGCUAUGACACCUCCAAAGUCUUCUGCUCGGAGGAAAGGAUGCGGGAGAUCCCAGCAGGCCUGCCGGGGAACGCCACCCAGCUCUUCUUCGUGGAGACAGCCCUGAACAGCGUCCGCAGCGGGGCCCUGGGCUCCAGCACCACCCUCACCAAGCUGGUCUUCCUCAACAAUGACAUCCAGGAGCUGGAGCCUGGCGCCUUUCGGGGGCUGCCCAGCCUCACGGAGCUGGAGGUGUCAGGCAACCCCUUGCCAGCGGAGCUGGCGCGCGUGGGGCUGGCCGACAACCCCUGGGCCUGCGACUGCCGCCUGGCCUAUCUCCUGGGCUGGCUGCAGGGCUUUGCCGAACCCCUCACCCACACACAAGCCUCCUGCGCCAGCCCGGCAACCCUCCGGGGACGGUCCCUGCUGGAGGUCCCCCAGGGGCAGCUGGAGUGCCCGGGAGAGCCCAGCAUCCCCCCGGAGGAGGGCUGGGAUGGGGUGCCAGGGGAAGAUGCUGCUCUGGGGCAGUGCACCUACAGCAACCCUGAGGGCACCGUAAGCAUGGCCUGCGACACCAAGAGCUGCCAGCGGCUCAGCCUUCGCCUCCCUCCUCUUCCGACUCCCGGGCAGGUGGAGGGGCUGGGGCCAGCGUACCAGGGCGCCUGGGUGCUGCGCUCCCGCUGCAGCACGCUGCAG